AUUUGCAUUUUGUUUGGAAACUGAAUUUUGACAUGACAUGUGUUCCGAAUUUGGGUAAGGAAAAUUAGAAAUUUUGAGUAAAUUGUUUUAUUUAACAAAGUAUGGCUACAUAUGAUAAUAAAAUAUGGCUUCUGAAGAACAUAAGAGAUGCGUUUAUCGCAACGGACGACACAGGCCUGUGUGAAAUUGUGAUGGCUGGAGAAGAUUUCUCAAAAAUCUUUCAAAAUAAAGGUCUAGAAGAAAAGAAAAGAAUAAAGGAAUCUCGGUUCUCACAGCCUGGGCCUAGUAAAGGCAGGGAUGUAGUCAGUGAUGCUUCAGAAGAUGAGUGUGAGCGGGAAAUCGUGUCACAGUACGAUCCUUACCCAGAUUUGAACGACAGCGAAGACGAUGAUCCGUUGUGCGGCAGUUACGUUCGAUACGAAGAAUUUGGAGCCCACAGACAAAGGUCAAACACAGCACAAUGGCUUGAUAAAAAAGAGCAAGCCCUUAAAAAGGCUGCAAAAAUAAAGGUUAUAAAAUGGGAGAAUCCAUCAACACCACUCACAACAGAACAAGCUGCAGAACUGUUUUCAAAAAUGGAAGUCAGACCACCCGAGAAACAAAAGUCUUUGCUUGCAGAACAACUAGAAAAUUGUCCCAAUUUACCACAUCGUCAGUAUCUGGAGUAUGCAAAGUUUGAUGGCACUGCACAAAUGGGAUUACCAACUAAGUCGUUCAAGAUCUUCAUGACAAUGCUUCCGGAGAAGCAUCAGAAUUAUCCUUUAGUUGUGUGUGUAAUCGCAAAUGCCAAGAUAAAGGAUUUAAUUGGUUUUACAUGCUAUAAAUACAGCAUUGAACAUCCAGAAAUAAGUCUUGGCUCUGUGCAUGACUAUGGACUUUGUAUAGCAGAAGACGAUGGAGAGGUAGACUGGGCAUUUCCAUGUCUCGACUCAAAUGAACCAUGUUCCAAAUUUGGUUUCACAUGCCUCGGUCUGAUUGAAUUGAAGUACAAAACGGUGUGUGCAGCGCCUAUACCAAUGCCUGAGGAUGGUAUAGCGUUUCAUAUGUUUCCAAAAGCUGCUGAUUCUGGACAAAGUCAUCAGAAUACGUCCAGGCAUAAUACAGGCGGUAGUCAGACUUCAGAAGCUGUUAUAAGUGCUAUUAGAGCUGUCAAUGAAGAUAAAAAGAAAAGUGGCGACGUAAAUCUUGAAAAGAUCCAAUCUCAUAUAAUGGCUACUGAAGCUCCUCAAUACAAAGUGUACAAAGUUUAUCUCUUGCGAAAAGUGAGAACAAACACACCAGUGCAACUCGGUGUAUCAUUGGAUAGAAUAGAAGUGGAACCUCUAGUCACACAUAAACAUGCAUUUUGGCAAUCAAGAUCAAAAUAUUUUCUGCACAAUAUAGACUCAGUGGCGUGGUGUCAAGUGUUAGAGACCAGAGGAAACAGAACCACAUUUAGAAUAAUCUACUCACCUAGUCAUAAUGCUGCUUAUAGUGAUAAAAAUAUAUCAGGUAACACAAGCUUCUUCCAUCCAAACCCGACAUACAAAGUGCACGAUUUCGAAUGUGAACACGACAUGGCGAAGGAAAUAGUCGAGAAGGUAAACACAAUAUUAGAUUUAAGGAACAGCCCGUGCCGGCGCGAGUACAAGACUACAAAGGAGAAAAAAUCGCAAACCAGAAGAAGUUUUCACACGAAACACUUGAGUUGAGUUCCGCACACUAACAGGUAGUGGACAUUAAAACUUCAAUACCUCAGAUGUAAGGCGCAUGUCGAACAUGCACACGUUGUGGCUUACCGAGCUAUCGCAGGGGGGACGAAACAACGCCCUCGCUCACGGAAAAUGAAUCCGGAUGUCUUUAAAUAUCAAUGUUCCUUUGGGUUUUUGAUCUAGUCUUCAUGAAGAGAUAAUAUGUGAGAAAUGCUAUUGUGUAUUCUAUUUGUGACUGCGGAAAUGAAAUGGGCCUCGUUAGACCUAUUAUUGUUGAAGAGGACAGCGGAUGGAGGCCAAUAAUGAUUCGAUAAAUAAAAUUGAUAUUGUCCAAAAUUAAACAUGAAACUUUUUAAUAAUUUUGUAUGAUACGAAAAUUUAAUGUAGUAUAUUUUAUACUAUGUGUAAAUGUGUAUUAUUUUUAAGUGUUCCUUAAGUUGAAUUAACUUAUUUUCGACAUUUAUUUGUUGUAAUCUGUAUUUAUAUUUACUUUAAAAAUGCGAUACUUACGCUACUGGUGCGUAUAGCAACAUGUAUCUACUAACAAAUGUGCUAUUACUUUCUUACGUAAUACGGGAAAGCAGUGGAGUUAGGAAGAGCGGCAAUGGAGGUGGACAACCUAUAACUCGUUUUUCAACAAUUGUUCUUGUCAUCUUUGGGAGUUCCCCAGAAAGCAACAUAAGUCCAAGAAAAGGAUGGAUGUUUAAUCUCAUUUCUUUUUACCACAGUUAUGCCUAACAAUUGCUGUACUCUGGUCUCUAACUCAUCCCAAAUAUCCAAGAAUUACAAGUUAUUUAGCCUUACUUAUUUAUUUCUUGGAUGCCGACCCAAUAUAAAAUAGAGUUUGGGUUUGUAAUUUAAAAAGCAAGGGAACACUUAUUUUCUUCCAAGAUUUUGUUAACUGUGUUGCAUGCUCUUGAUCUCAGCCACCUCUGUUGCCUUUUCUAACGGCCACUGUAAAUUUAAAUAAUUACAGAUCAAAAACAAACAUAUAAGUGCUUCAAACAUACCCACCGACAAAUAUAUUCCUAAACAAAACUGAAUCAAAUGUUAUAGUAAGGUAUUGAAGAAACUAUGAUGAAUGGUUUGAAAAAUGAAAACUGAUACUACAGGUUAUAUGUUAUCCUAUUUACUAAAACAAAUGCUUAAUAUUGUUUAUAUGCGGUAUAAGAAGUUUUAAAAACAAAAUAUAAUAAGCCUAAUAUUUCCUUAUCAGAAAAACAUAAACAUACUGCUUUCAUCCAAUAUGAAAAUCUUGGGUUACCUAUAUAAAAUAAUGUAUCCAAAUUGAGGAAAUAUUUAUUUAUAUAACCUGUUAUUAGAAAACAUUUCAAGAUAUAAAAUGUUACAAAAGGCUGUUCACACAAUAAAUUCCAUGUAUCCUAUCCACAAGGAUAUCAACUGUGUACUUACUUAUCCACACCAUACUUACAUGCAUUCAUAUUAUAUGAUGUACAACGCUUGUAACAUAUAACCCAGGUUUAAACACAAAGUCUAACAACAGUUCCUUAUGUAAACUAUGCAUUUAAGUAUGUCUGCAUAUAUGAAUUUCAUUUACUUACAUCCAACAGACACUGCCAUAGUAAGCUCAAGUAUACAUAGUUGUUACAUAAUUUAUUUUGUAUUUUGCUUGGUUCCAUUGCAAUUACAAAAUGAUAUAUAACAAAAUUACAAAUACUAUUUACCUCAAAAAUAUAUACUUACUGAAAGCCAUGGAUAUCUUGAAUUAAUAAAUGUGCAACAGAUUGUCACCUAUCCUAUAAAAAAAUUACAAAUGCAAAGUCCCACAAUUUAUAAACAUAGCACAGCUACUAUAAAAGCAAUAGAGGCUAUAUUUUAUACAACAAUAUUUAUUUAUUCAAUUUAUUUUACAAUUGCAAUGGAUUCCUGAUUUAAGAUUGAUAUUCAAUUAUUUAUGUUCAGUUUUAAAUUAUAAUUAUUUUUUUAAAUGAAAUAUUAUGUUGUGAUUCUGUGUUGAUUUAAUUCAUGAAUGAGCGUAUUGUAUGUAUUAUUGUAUUAU